AUGGCGGCCGCUGCUACACCGUCGCGGACCGAGGGAGCCACUGAAAAUCAAGGGAUUCAGUCGGCAACAGGAGCCCUGGUGGAGCUCACCCCAAACCCUGACGGCCUGGCCCUGGUAAGCCCUUACCACACCCACCGGGCUGGGGACCCGUUAGACCUCGUGGCGCUCGCACAGCAGGUGCAGAAGGCUGAUGAAUUCAUCCGAGCAAAUGCCACUAAUAAGCUGACAGUCAUAGCUGAGCAAAUCCAACAUUUGCAAGAACAAGCCAAGAAGAUAUUGGAAGAUGCUCGCAGAGAUGCCAACUUGCACCAUGUAGCUUGUAACAUUGUGAAAAAACCUGGCAACAUUUACUACCUUUAUAAACGAGAGAGUGGUCAAGAAUAUUUUUCCAUCAUUUCUCCAAAGGAAUGGGGGACAAGUUGUCCACAUGACUUCCUUGGUGCCUACAAGCUACAGCAUGACUUGUCCUGGACACCAUACGAGGACAUUGAGGAGCAAGAUGCUAAAAUCAGCAUAGUGGACAAGUUGCUAAGCCAACAAGUGGCCCUGCCUCCAUGCACUGAACCCAACUUCCAGGGACUGACACACUGA